GAGUCACUGCGCCGCACGCGAUAUCUACGCCAGUUCGCCAGUUCUUCGCCAGACGCGUCCGUGGGUGGAUGUGUUGCGAGCGCACGCAGUAACCGAACUUGCUUCGGACCAUAUCGGCAACUGGAAAUUGAUCAGUUCCUUGCGAGGUGACAGGAUAGCGAUCGCGUGUUUAGAAUAGUGAUGUAUCGGAAACAAUAGAUCUGGUUUUCGACGGCUUGGGAAUUGGACACAAAAAUGUGCACAGUGUCGCGAAUUUUAUAGAUUCGUGUGACCUUGUGCUGUUGAUGUUAAACAGUGUAGUUUCCACAGGUGCGACAUUUACUCUUUGUUUCCGAGUGUUAUCAGUAGAACUUGUUUUUAUUACUUUGGAAAACGUCUUGAUGUGGGAAUUGUAGUACUUUGUGUUUGGGGACAAUGUUCUAAUUGGCAAAGGACUGCGACAAUGCUAGCUGUGAAGAACUUUUUUAUGCCGGAGAAGCGGGUGGACUCCCCCCGUUUCUCCCGCAUGCCCGAAGCUCUCAUGAGGUCGAUCCGGCGACGCUCGCUGAGGGUCAAGAGGACUAAAUCACUGGUGCUCGUCAAUGAGAAACGGAAGUCCGAUUCGUUCGUCAACAGUCAAGAAUGGACAGCAUCAAGAGGUGUUACAGAGCUGCGAGUGGGUGUAUUAGGUUCUCCUGACAGUGGGAAAUCAGCUCUGGUACAUCGUUAUCUGACUGGGGCUUAUAUGCAAGAAGAAAGUCCAGAAGGUGGUCGUUUCAAAAAAGAAGUAAUAAUCGACGGUCACAGUUACCUCCUGCUUAUAAGAGAUGAAGGUGGACCACCAGAGAUGCAGUUUACAGCCUGGGUGGACGCAGUGAUCUUCGUAUUUAGUCUGGAAAACGAAAUCAGUUACAAAACAGUUUCGACGUACUUCAAUAAAAUGUCACACUACAGGAAUUCAGCUGAAAUUCCAAUAAUAUUGGUCGGAACUCAAGAUGCCAUAAGUGAAAGUAGUCCACGUGUAGUAGACGAUAACCGAGCUCGUAAGUUGACGAACGAACUGCGGAGAUGUUCUUACUACGAAACGUGCGCGACGUACGGCUUAAAUGUCGAACGAGUGUUUCAAGAUGCUUGUCAGAAGAUCGUGGGGACGAGGCUGUCGGCCUCCUCGCAGUGCCUGGCGGGCUCCAGGCCGGUCACGCCGCAGCCUCUUGCCAACUCACCCAGCCAUAAUCAUUCUUCAUUUUUGUACAAAGAUUCGUUACCGCGAGGCCAUCACACAUUGUCAGCAUCAUCCCAUCAUUUACACAGAGGCGCGUCUUCUUUUGACGCGUCAUCCAAUAGUAGUGGUAUUUCUUCCACCCACGUGGUCGAGAUCCAUAGCACGAAUGGCUCGGACACCUCCUCCAGAUGGGGCAACUCCCUCGGCAGCCAUGGCUCAUCAUCAGGCCUGGUCUCCAUUGCUACAGAGAACAACAACGUCAAGUUCACAGCGCCACACUGCCUGGAUAACCUGCAACCCGCGAAAGAUCAAAAAGACCUUCUCACACCAUCGUCUACUCCAACCACGUCAAGAAAGACGCGGAGAAGAUCGAAUUUAUUCACACCCUCGAAGAAAGGUGAUGAUAGACUGAAGAAUGGGGAGUUAGGAUCUGGGAGAGCGAUUCCUCUGAAGCAAGGUUACCUGUACAAGAAAAGCAGUAAAGCAUUAAAUAAGGAAUGGAAGAAGAAAUAUGUGACAUUAUGUGAUGAUGGAAGGCUCACAUAUCAUCCUAGUUUACAUGACUACAUGGAGGAUGUGAACGGUAAGGAGAUAUCUCUCCAGUAUGUGACGGUGAAGGUGCCGGGCCAGAAACCUCGCGGCUCCAAGUCUGUUAUCACCACAGUGCCGGGCUACAAUGGGUACACCAGCUUCGAUAUACAUGACAGCAUUGGGGGAUUGUCACUUGGCUAUAAAGAGAAGCCAUCAAGAGCGACAGAUAAAGCGUUGCUGUCAGCAUUUGACACCCUGAAGGAACCAGCUUCAAGCAGACAGUCGCUCGCCUCAGAAGUAGAAGUGGGGUCUACUAAUGGUGCGGACAAAGACACACCUCACGUUAAGAAACGACAUCGACGUAUGAAGAGCAGCGGAGUUAAGAAAGAUGGUGAUGAUGAAGGCGAAAGCGCGACCUCGUGUGAGUUCACCAUAGUGAGCCUGGAUGGCAAGCGCUGGCGCUGGGAGGUGUGUGCUGGAGGUGGUGCUGCAGGCGCAGGGGCCGCGGCCGCAGCUGAGAGAGAUGCCUGGGUGGCUGCUGUGGAGGCUCAGAUACUCGCCUCGCUGCAAGGACGGACAUCCCGACAGCCAUUGCCGACGGGUGCGAACUCUACUGGCUUGGUGCGAGCCACGCAGUACGUACGUCGUGUGCCAGGCAACGAUCGCUGCUGUGACUGCGGCGCACAGGAUCCUGACUGGGCCAGUUUGAACCUGGGUAUAUUGAUCUGUAUAGAGUGUUCUGGUGUGCACAGGAAUCUAGGCUCACAUAUAUCACGUGUCCGCUCACUGGAUCUAGACGAAUGGCCUUUGAGCUACGUGAAUGUGAUGGUGUGCAUUGGUAACGAGCUGGCCAAUGCUGUGUGGGAGGCGGAGCUGAGAGGACAUUCCCGACCACAGCACAACUCACCUCGUGAAGAUAAGGAGAGAUGGAUACGUCUGAAGUAUGAACGUGGUGCAUUCCUACCCAGUGAUGAUAUCAGUGUGUCUGGUGAGAUGUUACGUACAGCUGCAGCUCGAGGUAAGAUGGCGGUGUUGGUGCGCGCGCUGGCCACGCCCCCGCCACGUGUGCCCUCACCGCACGACCGCUCGCUGGCGCUGAGAGCUGCCGCAGCUGCGGGACAGCUCGCCGCCGCACAACUACUUAUAUGGCACAAUGGCAACCCCAACUAUCCAGAUGCGGACGGACACGGGUGUGUGUUCUACGCGCGAGCCGCAGCCAACCAUCUGUCCGGUAUCCCCGUGCAGUAUCCCACCAACCUGCAGCUGGUCUGUCCCCUGCACCCCUCACCACCGCAACAAACCUCCGCCUCCACAUCCACAUCCACCUCCAGCUCCACAUCCUCCAAGACUCCGGAGCCAGAGUGCAAUUGCGUCAUAUACGAACUCCUGAACGCUCAAAGCGCCUCCAAUGCGUUAGUAGAACUACUAAUAGGGCUUCAGAAUAAUCAGUAUAUGAAUAAUGGUUUGGACCCGAUGUCUUACGGCCAUGGAACCCUGAGCCGUCAUACUCUUGGACCCAAUUUGUCUUUGACUAAUGGAAAAUGUGGGAGUAUUGUGUAAUAUGGUUUCUUUAGGGUUGCCAACUUGUACUUAAUGUACUAUAUUUUUUAUUUUUUA